CCCCAUCCCGCCUGCACAUUCCCGAUUGACUCGCCUGGCACUGCACCGGCCAGCCGGAACGCAGCUGCAGCCGCGAGAUCCCGCUCGCCUGCACUGCUUGCACCUCGCAGCUACGGCGAACCUUGUAGCCGCCAUGCGCAGCACCUCCUCGCCCCGCCCGCCGUCGCCUAGGGCAAGCGCUGCCGUCAUGCCGUCUGUGCCGGAGGGGGCGAGCCCAUAUGCCGCACGCAGCAGCUAUGCAAGCAGCAGCUCGGCCACCACCGCUGGUACGUCGCCCGCCGCCAGUGCCAGCGCCUACUUUCAGCGCAGCGGCGGCCCCUCGUCGUCGUCGUCGUCGUCGCUGCCGGCAAGCAGCACCAGCCACGCGCGCGGCAGCAGCGGUCUCUCCUUCCACGACGCUCCGCACCGUCCGCUCUCCUCGCUCCUCUCCGGGCUCUCGAGCCAUCGCAGCAGCAUGGGCAGCCAGGCGCCGCCCGCUUCUGCGCCGCAGCUGGCGCAGCGCGGCAUGCUUCUGCGAGCGCCCGCGCACUCGCCGCGCUCUGGCGAGGCGUCGCUGCCGUCCUUCUCCCUCGCCGGCGCCAUGCAUCCGCCGCCGUACCAGAACGGCUAUCAUCCGCCGCAGCCGGCGCACUCGCAGCCCUACGCCGCCAGCAGCCGCGACUAUGCGCCGCGCGGCGGCGGGCCUGGCAUCGUGACGCACCAGCCGCUGCCGCCCUUUGACGGCGGCGCACACUCGCCGCGCUCGCAGUGGGAGGAUCGCAGCUGGGAGUGGAGCGGCCGCGGCGAGCGCUCGUGGGCGCGCGACAGCAGAGAGUACGAGCGGGAUGCGUGGCACCAUCGUCGCCACGAGCCGCCUGCUUCUCGGCCCGAGGUCGACUCGCGUAGUCCCGAGGAGCGCCGUGAGUCUUCGCGGAGUGCGGCGCACGACGAAGCGCCCGCAGCAGAGGCGUCGGCCUCCUCCUCGAAGAAGAAGGCAGAGGCACCGCCGGGCGGGCAGGAUCGCAAGAUCAGCUGUAUGGAGUGUCGUGGCAGCAAGGUAAAGUGCACCGGCCCGGCUCCUGGCAAGGGCUGCGCCCGCUGUGUGCGGCUAGGCCGUCCGUGCGUCUUCGAGCCCCACCGUCGCGGUCGACGGCCCGCAGACUCGGCCAAGCUGGCGCGCCUCGAGCGCUCCUUCGAGACGCUGCUCGGCGCGCUCGAGGAUGUGCGCGGCACGACCAGCGAGACAGAGACGGGCUUGGCUGCAGACGACAUGCGCAAGCACCUAGUCUCGCUGCUGGCCAAGUCUGGCAUGCGUACAGGAGGCAGCUCCACUAGCGAGUCAACGCGCAAGCGACGUCGAGUAGAGACACCGUCCGGAUCACCCACGUCGUCUAGCGGCUCUUCGCACAAGUCGGCCUCACCAGCGCCCGAGGCAGCCGAGGCCGAGCCGGAGUGGAGUGCCUCGCAUCGGCCGUCUGCCAUGACUGUCAGCUCGACGAUGGACGGGACGUCGCCGCACAGUGCUGCGCUGCCGCCUCGCCGCUCCAGCGCUGGUGUGCCUUCGAUCGCCCUCGGCCUGCCUCCGCUGUCGAAUCCGCUGCGCUUGCUCGCAUCUGCAGUCGGCGGGGGCACCGCCACGUCUCCUUCGCCGGCAUCACCGACGCCAGAGCACAGACGGCCCAGCACAAUCCAGCCUGAUCCAGUGGCCAACGCCACGACGGUGUCGAGCAUCUUCGGCCUCUACACGUCAAGACCAGACACGCGGCCCGGCCUGGACCCCAUCACGCUCGGGCUCGUGAGCGAGAGCGAGGCCGAGCACCUCUUCGACCUCUUCAUGACGCGCAUCAACUCGAUUCUCACGCUCCUCGAUCCCGUGCUCUGCACAUUCGCCUUCGUGCGCUCCAGCUCCGCCAUGCUUAUCUCAGCCAUAGUCGCCAUCACGGCACGCUUCGACAAUACGCUGCCGGACGCUCACGGCAUCGCGACGCGCCUCGAUGCCCACUUGAACAACACCGUGAUGCCUGCGGUGCUGCUCGAGGGCUGCCGCAGCGUGGAGCUCGCACAGGCGUUCAUCAUCCUCGCAGCGUACCAUCCGCCGACGAGGCUGCUCGCGGGCGAUCGCAGUUGGAGUUUGCUCGGCUACGGGCAGCGCAUCGCCAGUGAGCUCUGCAUGGACUCUGCAAUCCUCAGCGGUCGCGCCAAGCCAAGGCAUGUCGCCGACCGCCACGUCACUGGCGGCACGGCGCCGGAGCUCGAUGAGGGCCAGCAGCGACGCUUGCGCAGCCGCGAACGGACCUGGCUCAACCUGUUCCUCUUCGAACAAGGGCUCGCCACCCACAUGGGCCGGCGGUCGACUCUCGCGGUGGACCCGGUCAGCUUUGGCUGCUCUGCCGGAUGGCAUCGCAUGCCCUUUGCACUGCCCGAGGACGAGGCAAUCGUCGCGCUUGUGGAGCUGCAGCUGGCGAUGCGCGUCUGCUUCGACUACUUCGACCGCAGCCUCGUGGGCACGCUGGGCGAGUAUGCGCGCGUGCAGCUCGGCUUCUGGGUCGAGAAUGCCGAGACGCAGGUUGUCAACUGGCGCACACGCUGGGUCAACGGCCUCGGCACGGAGAUUGAGCCCACGCGCCGCCUCCGCAACUGCAGGCUCUAUUCGCUGUACGCCGAGGUGAUCAUCUACUCGUACUCGCUGCGCUGCCAGCACGUCCCGGCCGUCGCGCUGGCGCCAAUGUACCGCAAGGCGUACGAGGCGACCAUCUCGUACCUCAGCCUCUUCCUCGACAUCGUCACCCCGACGAAGCUCGCCUUCUCGCGCAACAGCACCGUCGUCACCGUCGCCUAUGUCUGCGUGCUCGGGCUCAAGCUCACCGCUCUCGACCCGCCGUUUCCGUACAUGAAUGGGCCGCACGUCUUCUCGCUCGUCGAUCGCGUGGUCGCUGCGCUCGCGACAGCUGCAGACAUCACGCCGCACCGCGAGGGGUGCGCGGGUUCGUAUGCGCCGUACCUGCGCACGAUCCUUCGCCGAGCACGGCACGCAUACAAGGCGCGGCAGCAGCGCAACCCCAGCACCGUCGAUGCCGGCGUCAGCAACGAGAUGCUCGAUGCGAUGUACCACGGCAUGGGCGCGGGCACAGCAACGGCGCCGAGCAGCGACGCUAGCAUCGGCGAAGGGCCGUCGCCCAUCGUCGAUGCCACGUCGUACUGGGGCUUCACGGCCGGACCCUCGGGCGUGCAGCAGAGCGACGUCAAUGCUGGCCCGAAGCCGGCGGGAGCCGGCCAAGAGACGGAUUGGAACGUCGUUCUCAACGGGCUGCUCGACGGCUCCAUGUUCUUCGAGAUGAGCGAGGCAAAUUGGGGCACCAACGAGUGGCCUGGCGUCUUUGUGCCCGGCCCGGACCCGCCGUCGAUCUGAAGCACGCGAGCACACCUCGCCGCAUCUCUGUCUGUCACCCUGGACCUGCACGUACUGCGGGACGAUGCAUUGCGAUACUACGUCACCAU